AUGAAUUUGUUACCUGUUAGCUCUAAACAUGAUCCUGGAGCUAGUUUAGUUCAUUAUGAGUUGUGUCAAGCUUGGAUUCAAAUCUCUGAAGAUCCCGCGGUAGGAACACACCAGGACGGGCACACCUUUUGGCAAAGGGUCACAACUGCUUACCAUGAGGCCAUCCCAACUCCCAUUCAACCAUUUGACAGCACCAAAAAGCAAUGGGGAAUCUUGCAAUGCUGGAUCAACAAGUUUCAUGGUUACGUGCAUCAAGCUGAACUGAUGAAUCAGAGUGAUCAGUCUGCCAAAGAUUGCUUAAACCGAGCUCUUCGACUAUACUCACAUGAUCUCCAAACGCACUUCAAGCAUCUUCAUUGCUAUAAUAUGUUGUUCAAAUGUCCCAAAUGGAACUUGUACACUCACGACAUGCAAAAACAGGUUGCUUCUAAGAAAAAAGGAUCAAGAAGCCCAAGUGAAGAGGCCCCGUCAACUACUCCAGCAUUGACUGCCCCCAAUGAAUCAACGCCUGUACCAUCCAAUGCCGUCGAUUCCGUCUUGGACUUUGAGGGAACCCCAGAAGAAGUCACAAAACUCAAGAGGCCUAUGGGGAAGAAAAAGGCAAAGUUGGCUCACCAACUAGCCCUGAAGGAUAGCGCCUGGAAGGAGAAUUUUGCUUGA